AAUGUUUUUAGAUCCAUAUACAAGUAGGGGAGGGGAAAGCGUCAUGCUGCUUCCUUUUUUAGCUUUGCGUAGUUGAAGAACGUCAACUCAUCACUUUCAUUAUUAUUCAUGCUCCUCCUCCUUAGAUGGUGAUCUUGAUCUACCCCUUCAAAACCCCUUUUUGAUUGGUGGGUAUGGACCGAUCUGGUAGCAGCAUCAUUCGGGCUUCAUCAAAUGGCAAACUCUUUGAUGCAUCACAGUAUGCUUUUUUCGGUCAAGAUAGUUUAGGUAAGGCUGAUUUUGGGUGUUUAGAAGGUGAAGAAGAUAAUUCACUAAAUGGACCUGGCGAUGAUGAAUACCGUUUGUUUAAUAGAGAAGAGGAGUCAGGGCUUGUUGGCUCUCUAUCAGACUUAGAUGAUCUGUCAACUAUAUUUUCAAAGUUGAACAGAUCAGUUAGUGGACCUAGGCACCCUGGAGUUAUUGGUGACAGAGGAUCAGGAUCUGGAUCUAUUUCAAGGGAAAGUUCAGCUGCCUCUGAAUGGCUACAAGAAAGAGAGUUAACCGAUUGGGUGGAUCAACACAUCUCCGACACCGAAACCUAUCAAGGAAACAAAAGAUGGUCAUCACAACCACAUCUCUACUCAGACGCAAAAUCGUUGUACAGAGCUUCAUCUUGCCCUCAAGAACAUCAGUUCGUCAAUGAUCCCGGAUUGAUACCCGACCCGUCAUUCCCUUCCUUCGCUUCUAAUAUCUCCUCGCCACAUCAGCAUUUACAGCUUCCGAAUCUUUCUCCCGCCAUCUCUAAUCCCCAGUUAGCCUUUUUAGAGAAUAACAAUAAUCUGCAGUUAAGCGGGGCCCUUCAUGGAUCCCGGGGUUAUAAUGGGAGUGGGUCCCACCUAAUCUCAGCUGGCUUUUCCGGUUAUUCUCAGCCGCAAAACUGGACCAAUCAUAUGCUAUAUGUUGACCAUGCAGGUCUACAACAGAAAUUGCUUCAUAACGGGUCGCUACCCCCACAGUUUAUGGCGCCACGUCAUCACUCGGUUGGUCCUUUUUCACCACUCCAACUGAGUCCACUCUCUUCUCUUCCACUACACUUAAGUAAUCUGAAAACGAAACCAACACAAAAGAGCGGUAGGCACAGUGGCCGUCUUUCCCGCCAGGGAUCUGACGGUAAUAAGAAAAGUGAUAAAGAUAAACAUCGGGUACAAUUCAAGUCGAAAUAUAUGAGUGCGGAAGAGAUUGAAUCCGUUAUUAAGAUGCAACAUGCUUCGACUCAUAGCAACGACCCUUAUAUCGACGAUUAUUAUCAUCAAGCCCGUGUUGCUAGAAAUUCUUCUGAUUCAAAAUCGAAAACGCGUUUCUGUCCCUCACAUCUUAAAGAUUCUUCUUCCAAGUCUUCACGUAAUAGUACGGAAACGAAAAAUACUUUCAGUAUCGAUGCUCAGGGAAGGGUUUCGCUUCCGUUCAUCCGUAGGCCCCAGCCGCUUCUUGAAGUUCACCCGCCAGCUGGCACUGAAGAGAAAACAUCUGAGAGAUCAUUAGAACAAGAACCGAUGCUUGCAGCCAGAAUUACAAUUGAGGACAGCCUCUGUCUUCUUCUCGAUGUGGAUGACAUCGAUCGUCUCCUGCAAUUUACGCAGCCUCAAGAUAACGGUGUUCAAAUGAGGCAAAGACGACAGAUUCUUCUUGAAGGGUUGGCCACAUCGCUCCAGCUUGUUGACCCCCUUGGAAAAAAGUCAAACUCAGUUGGGUUGACUCCGAAGGACGAUAUUGUCUUUUUACGGUUAGCGUCUCUUCCCAAGGGUCGGAAACUCAUUUCAAAAUAUCUUGGACUUCUCUUGCCAAACAGUGACCUUGCACGAAUAGUAUGCAUGACCAUUUUCCGUCAUUUAAGGUUUCUGUUUGGCGGUCUUCCUUCUGACCGUGAAGCUUCUUUGACUGUUACCGGUUUAGUCAAAAUCGUCUCCACGUGUAUUGGGUCAAUGGAUCUUAAUUCUCUGAGUGCUUGUCUAGCGGCAGUAGUGUGUUCUUCAGAGCAACCACCACUUCGGCCACUCGGGAGCCCUUCUGGUGACGGGGCUUCGGUUAUUCUCAAAGUGGUUUUGGACCGGGCCACCCAGUUGUUAACUAACCCUCAAGUUUCAACCGACCCCAGGUUGCAAAACCCGAAACUUUGGCAGGCUUCGUUUGAUGCGUUUUUUGGGCUUCUUACGAAAUACUGUUUAUCAAAAUAUGAUAGUUUCGUGCAAGCUAUGUGUACAUGGACCCCACCGAGCGAUGAAAAUAUCGUUUCAGACGCGGCUAGUGGCAUCAAUGGGGAAAUGCCGGUUGAGCUGCUGCGUGCUAGUCUUCCACACACGGAUAGUAAUCAGAAGAAAAUGUUGCUUGAUUUCUUACAACGGUCCAUGAGUGUUUCUGGGUUGACUACAGACGGACCACCAGCGGUCAGGCCAGCAUUGUGCCUGUCAGAGGAUGUUAUCGAAAGCGUUGUACAAUGACUUAAUGUUUUACUAAUGGUUGACUUAUGACAACUUUAGGUUAUGAGUGGUUUGUGCGUUUUGUGUUGGUUUGGCAUCGAAUGUGGUUACUUUUGGCUGAUGCAGUGGUGGUGGUGGCGGCAAUGGUGGAUUCGGGUGGUUGAAGUUUGGAGCGUUUUUAACUUGUAGGAUGACUUCUGUGUAUAGGAGGUACACUGGUCGGAGCGAAAGGGGAGGCGUAUUUUUGUGGCCCUCCUGGUUUCUCACAUCUGAACCGUUGGAUCUAAUACUGCAUUCUUGUUUUUUUCUCUUGAACUUGUGUUGUUCAUUGAGAUAGUAUUAUGGGUUAUAACUGAAUUACCCAACUGAUCCAUUUGUUAUACGGGUUAUUUGAGUUUCAGGUCAAACCGAACAAGAAACGGUGUAUUUGUGUUGAUGGUUGCUUAUUUAUUCAUAUCAUUUAACACAAGUGUAUCGCGUAAUCUAGUACAUUAAACAUAUAGUUGAAAGUAUUGUUGAAAUUCU